AUGUCAGAGUUCAUCAAUGAAAAUCCUGAUAUUCUAGACGAAAAUCUCCUUCCUUCAAGGAAAGAAGAGGAGGGAGACGCAUUUCAAGAUGAAGCUCUUAACACAGUCAACUUGCUACGAAGGAAGCGCCUUUUGAAAAUACAUCAAACCACAGCUUGCAAGGUGUAUCGAAACGUCGAGCUAAUAGACAGGCUGAAAGCACAAGAGAUGGCUCUUGACCAGGUUCCAGACCUGACUGCAUCUGAGACCGAAGAGUCUGACGAAGGCGAGCCUGAAGAUCCUAUCGACGCGCAAGAAAUCUACGACAUGAUCGCGCACAUCUCAGAUCCCGAGCAUCCUCUGACCCUUGGCCAGCUUGCGGUCGUGAACCUCCCCGACAUUGAAGUUAGCGAAAGUAAUGACAAAUCGAAAAUUUCUGAAGUUUUAGUCAAGAUUACGCCAACUAUUACACACUGUUCUCUAGCUACGCUGAUAGGACUCGGAAUACGCGUGAGACUUGAGAGGUCGUUACCCUCCCGCUACAGAAUAACCAUCUUACUGAAAGAGGGCUCUCAUCAAAGCGAAAAUCAAGUUAACAAGCAGCUCAAUGAUAAGGAAAGAGUUGCUGCUGCUUGUGAGAACGAUCAGCUUCUGGGGGUUGUCUCUAAGAUGUUAAGUACUUGCAAAUAG